CGUCAUGACGUAAAAUCCGAAUCUGACAGAAAAACUCACAACAGUUUACUCAGGCCGGGUAAUAGUCAUAGUUAGUCAUAAUCAUCAAGACAACCUGGAAGAGACGGAUGUAUCUAAGAAUAUUACACAGCAUGGACUUUAUGUAAAUAUCGUUACAGCAAGAUGUGAAAUGACCCAGGAGAAAAUACCGACUGAGACCAACGACAUCAUGUUGGUCCGAAACAUGAGAGAUGGGACCCCUCACACCACCGGCCGUGCCAAGGUGUCCCAUGCAGUUGUGGUCAUCUUUCUAGAGUUCUUUGCUUGGGGGCUGCUUACAACACCAAUGCUGACUGUUCUUCAUGAAACGUUCCCACAGCACACAUUUCUCAUGAAUGGUCUGAUUCAAGGUGUUAAGGGGUUGCUGUCUUUCCUGAGUGCCCCUCUGAUAGGUGCCUUAUCAGAUGUUUGGGGCAGGAAGUCCUUCCUGCUGGUUACAGUGUUCUUCACCUGUGCCCCAAUCCCCCUAAUGAGGAUAAGCCCAUGGUGGUAUUUUGCCAUGAUAUCAGUCUCGGGCGUCUUCGCUGUGACUUUCUCUGUAAUAUUUGCAUAUGUUGCAGACAUCACUGAAGAACAUGAAAGAAGCACAGCAUAUGGACUGGUGUCAGCAACGUUUGCCGCCAGUUUGGUCACGAGUCCCGCCAUCGGUGCCUACCUUUCUGCAAAUUACGGCGACAGUUUGGUGGUGCUAGUGGCCACUAUCAUCGCAGUGGUGGAUAUCGCCUUUGUUCUUUUGGUCGUGCCAGAAUCUCUCCCAGACAAAAUGAGACUGACGUCCUGGGGGUCGCCUAUCUCUUGGGAGCAAGCUGACCCCUUUGCUUCUCUUAGGCGAGUGGGAAAGGACCCGACAGUGCUGCUUAUAUGUGUCACAGUGUUCCUGUCCUACUUGCCAGAGGCAGGCCAAUACUCCAGUUUCUUCCUCUACCUGCGACAGGUUAUUGAAUUCUCACCUGCAGCAAUUGCUGCUUUUAUAGCAAUGGUCGGGAUCCUCUCUAUUAUCGCUCAGACAUUGCUCUUAACCUAUUUUAUGAGAACUAUCGGGAAUAAAAACACAGUGUUACUUGGACUGGGGUUUCAGCUGUUCCAGCUAGCCUGGUAUGGCUUUGGAUCAGAACCAUGGAUGAUGUGGGCUGCGGGUACAGUCGCAGCCAUGUCCAGUAUCACCUUCCCUGCAGUCAGUGCUUUGGUGUCCCGGAUAGCAGCCUCUGAUCAGCAAGGAUGUGUCCAGGGAAUGAUUACGGGUAUCAGAGGCCUAUGCAAUGGGCUGGGUCCAGCUCUGUACGGCUUCAUAUUCUUCCUGUUCAACGUGGAGCUGAACGAGCUUGACCCUAUGACAGGAAGAAACAAAAGCACACCUCAGGAACCCAGCGAGAAACCGACCAUUCCCGGUCCGCCCUUCCUGUUCGGAGCCUGUUUAGUGUUGCUGGCUCUCCUUGUGGCCAUCUUCAUCCCUGACCACAGAAGUAUGGCAGUGAAGACCUACACGAACACGCGCAAAAUCAGCACCAGCAACAACCUCCAGAGUUUAAACCCCCUGCCUGCCAGUGAAGAGGACAUAGAGCCUCUCCUGCAGGACAGCAGCAUGUGAUUGUCUGAAAGGGACUCCAACAUGAGCCCCCCUAAUGGCCCCCAAACUACAACCUCAACCAGCAGCAGCUGACAUGGAGCCAUUCAGGGUAUAUCCUUCAACCACAUUGAACACACCGUUCUGUUUCUACGAUUAGGGAACGGUCUUUUGUCCAACGAGAUGGUUUUAUCGUUUACUGUGAUUUUGCAUUGCGACAAGGACAGAAACAAUGCUGAGUUGAAGAGAUGACCGUAAGCUCUGCUGGUUUCUCAUGCUUAAAGAACCCCCCUCCUAUUAAUGGGUUUAAAAGGCCAAUCAAUGCCCACUCCAGCUUUAUGUUAAUAAAAUAUUGACCUGUAUCUCAUCAAAGUUACUGUGCAAUCUAGAUUGUAAACGGAUUGGUGUAUAGUUAGGUAAAUACACUACAUGACAAAGUAUGUGGACAUCUGCUCUUAGACCAUCUCAUUCCAAAAUCAUGGGCAUUAAUAUGGAGUUGGUCCCCCCCUUUGCUGCUAUAACAACCUCCACUCUUCUGGGAAGGCUUUCUACUAGAUGUUGGAACAUUGCUGUGGGGACUUGCUUCCAUUCAGCCACAAGAGCAUUAGUGAGGUAGGGCACUGAUGCAUACCAAAGGUGUCAAAUCAAAUUGUAUUUGUCACAUACACGUAUUUGCGGGUGUAGCGAAAUGCUUGUGUUUCUAGCUCCAACCUACCAGGUGUUCGAUGGGGCUGAGGUCAGGGCUCUGUGCAGGCCAGUCAAGUUCUUCCACACCGAUCUCGACAAACCAUUUCUGUAUGGACCUCACUUUGUGCACGGGGGCGUUGUCAUGUUGAGUUGUUGUUGCUCCAAGACGUUUCCACUUCCCAAUAACAGCACUUACAGUUGACCGGGGCAGCUCUAGCAGGGCAGAAAUUUGACAAACUGAUUUGUUAGAAAGGCGGUAUCCUAUGACUGCCAUGUUGAAAGUCACUGAGCUCUUCAGUAAGGACAUUCUACAGCCAAUGUUUGUCUAUGGAGAUUGCAAUGCUGUGUGCUUGAUUUUAUACACCUAUCAGCAACGGGGGUGGCUGAAAUAGUCGAAUCCACUAAUUUGAAGGGGUGUCCACGUGCUUUUGUGUAUAUAUAGUGUAUGUACCUUAAAGGUGAUGCAAUUUAUUAUAAAUGCUGUGCCAUAUAUUAUUUUUAUUUUUGCCUUUUUGUCAUGCAUUGUUGAAUCAGCCGAGUGAGACUUGACUUGGACUUGAAUGUUACAGAAAUAGUUGCUGAAAGAGUUGAACAUGACAUUCCAAAUAUGCCUAUCCACCCUACAAAUCCCAACCUGAGUAUAUUGUCAGCUACCUCAAAUGUUUACCUCUUCAUAAAAUGUAAAUUUAAGACAAAUCUAGGCCCCCUGAUUUGGUAUAGCUUCUCAUAACCUUUAAAAACGAAAUCAUCACUUUUACAGCAACUGUUACUUUUUACAUCUGAGUGUUAGUUCUUGUGUUGCAUAAAGGUCUGGUGGGAUUGUGGCUACCAGUGAAGUAUUAAUGGAUUAACUUGAGACCCACAGUACAGUUGUACUCCUCAGUUUUUAACUUGAGACUUUAACAUUUUAACUGCCAAUCCUGAAUUGAAAUUAAAACUGUGAUAAUGGCAUAUUGUGGUACUUUAAAAAAUGUAAUUUCAGAGUACAGUUGUUUGGCCUCAUAACUAUUGCAACUAGUUGGAAAGUGCUUUUUUUUGUGGUAUGGUACAGGUAACUCAAAAUAAAGGAUACACUUGAGUAAAUGAGGGUUCUGGCCGCUCUGUUAUGGUGCAUUUUCCUGGCAUGGUUUAGUUCCACUCAACCCCUUUAGAGGACAAGGUAAACACCAAUGAAUACACAGCCAUUGAGUGAUCACCAACUUAUGGUUAAUCCUUUCUGUCCUGAUGGAAGUGGUCUCUUCCAGGAUGACAAUGCCCCCAUCCACAGGGCACGAAUGGUCACUGAAUUGUUUGCUGAGCAUGAAAAACGAUUUAAACCGUAUACCAUGGCCGUCUGUUACCAGAUCUCAACCCAAUUGAACACUUAUGGGAGAUUCUGGAGCGGCGCGUGAGACCACGCUUUCCACCACCAACAAAGCACCAAAUGAUGGAUUUUCUCGUUGAAGAAUGGUGUCGCAUAUAGUGCCAGACAGUUGUAGAAUCUAUUGUAUGCCAAGGUGCACUGAAGCUGUUCUGGUGGCUCGUGGUGACCCAAUGCCCUAUUAAGACACUUUGUGGGUGUUUCCUGUAUUUUAGAGGUUGCCUGUAUCUAUUAUGACCCAAGACUGAAUUGAGACCAAGAUGUUGCUCUGUCAGAUCUUAAGAUUUUUUAAAAUGUUGCUUUCUCAAAGAGAGUUGGUGUAAAAAAACACAAUACAACCUAUAUUUUUGCAUACAAUCAUAACUAACCUGUAAAAGUGGAAUUUAGUGUUACAUUUUCCAUUUUGUGUACUGUAUUCAUUUUGCCAGCAGGUUUGAAUCUAACUUAUGACAUAUCUCUACAAACAUGUUGAUGAAACAGUAUGAAUCUGUUCAAUAACUUACGUAAGACCCAAGUCUUUUGGACUUUCGUAAUGUAGCACUUUGUAUAUUUUAAGAACAAGGUCAAUAUAUUUAGCCAUUGUUAUAGCUAAAGAAAACUAUUCAAUUAUGCAGUUAAAAUAUACUUAUUUCUACAUGAACAAGUAAUUUACUCAACUCUUGCAGUGUAAAUUAUGCAUUCAUUUGCUGAGUACUGCACCUUAAUUUCAGUGAAUGUGUGCCUAAAAAUAUAUAUACAUGUUAAUAUACUGAACAAAUAUAUAAGCGCAACUUGCAACAAUUUCAAAGAUUUUACUGAGUUACAGUUCAUGUAAGGAAAUUAGUCUGUAAGUCGCUCUGAAUAAGAGCGUCUGCUAAAUGACUUAAAUGUAAAUGAAGUCAAUUGAAAUGAAUUCAUUCAGCCCUAAUCUAUGGAUUUCAUAUGACUGAGCAGCGGUGCAGCCAUGGAUGGGCCUUGGAGGGGAUAGGCCCAUCCAAUAGGGAACUAGGCCCAGGCAAUCAGAAUGACUUUUUCUCCACAGAAUGGUUUUUAUUACAGACUGUAAUAUUUCUAACCCCCUACAGUUUUGAGGCCGGUUGGACGCACUGCCAAAUUCUCUAAAAUGACGUUGGAGGCAGCUUAUGGUAGAGAAAGUGACAUUCAAUUAUCUGGCAACAGCUCUGGUGGACAUUCCUGCAGUCAGCAUGCUCCCAACAAACUUGAGACAUCUGUGACAUUGUGUUGUGUGACAAAACUGCACAUUAUAAAGUGGCCUUUUAUUGUCCCCACCACAAGUUGCACCUGUGUAAUGAUCAUGCUGUUUAAUCAGCUUCUUUAUAUGCCACACCUGUCAGGUGGAUGGAUUAUCUUGGUAAAGGAGAAAUGCUCACUAAUAGGGAUGUAAACAAAUUUGUACACAAAAUUUGAGAGAAAUACACUGUGGGUAUGGAACAUUUCUGGGAUUUUUUAUUUCAACUCAUGAAACAUGGGACCAACACUUUACAUGUUGCGUUUAAUAUUUUUGCUCAAUGUAUUUUGACGUCUUUUUAAAAAUGAUUUGAAUUAUUUCUUCAUGGGUUGUGCAUUUGUAAUCGCUUUGUUUGAUAUUAAAUCAUAAUUCUGGAUAAUAUCUACAAUAAUAAAGAAAUGUAUAGCAAUUG